AUGCCUGAAUCAAUCCCACCAGAGAUCGUCGACAUCUUCCUGAAAUAUGCCAUCACAUCACGACCGGCAGGGCAAGGUGCUCGUGUCAACCUCUGCGAUCUCUUGUGCGUCAACUCGGCAUGGCGUGACAUCGGCCUCGGUCAUGUCUGGUCCGACAUCGUCGUCGACCGCGCAGGGCUCGCUCGAUUCAUUGCAGCGCCACUCACAUCCAACCUUCGGCUUGUCAAGAGUUUCACCUUCUCGUCGGACCGUCCGGAUGUCCGAUGGGUAAGAGACCCAAAGAGCGACAAUGUCAUCGACCGCCCUUGCAGACGAGUCAACCAGCUCAACACGCACCUCUAUAGCCUUGCCACAAUAUUGCCUCGGAUGAGCAGUCUGCUAACUUUCUCCUUCUAUAUCAAAUCUCAACCUGCCUCAGACUCCCUCCUCAAACAAGUCGAAAUAUCGCGUUCCGCAUUACGUGAAUUGGUCGAUGCGUUGCCACUGAGUCUCGAAAACCUCGAGAUUGACACCAAGUGUUACGAUCGUCCCGUUCUCAACUACGACUCUCGACAUGUGUGUUCCGCGAUUGCCGACCGACUAUCCCGGCUACGACACGUCCGGCUGAGACUGGCCAAGUUGUGUCCAGAAUUCUUUCAACCUUCUCGGAGCCUUGAAUCCUGUGUCAUAAAUCUCCUGUGGCCGCACGGGAAAGGGCUAGCGUUUAGCUGUCGGGAGAUUUUGAGCGAGGACACACUACGGCAACGGCGGGAGGGGAAGGAGCUGUCCGCGCGAAGACGCCAGGAUCUCGUUGCGUCCCUCCCACAUGUGACGGCGACCUCACCCACACUGCGACAAUUCAACGUCAUAUCUGGCUGGACCAUCUACGAAAACGCCAUCGGACAGAUCGAGGUCAGGGAUCUUCUCGCAACUCGAACGACUGUGUACCCGUUGCAACGUCUCGACCACUCCCCGCAUGGCGACGUUUUCCUCCUGCGCCGCAGCGACACCUCAGACGUCGCAGGUCGCAUGGGAGAUAUCGAAGAACCUGUAGAGGGCAAUGCAUGGCAGACCACAACGAAGGGUUCACGGUUUCCACACGGCUACAAAACUUCUGCCAGGGGUUCAAGUCAUGAAUGGAUCCCUGUGGGCGACUUCGCGACCGCUGAGACAUGGCCAUGA